AUGGCUUCUAUAGUCCCCAUUAGCACCUCCCCAUGGCACAAUCUAGAGCCUAAUGAAGUCCAAAACAACUUCCCCACAAACAUGCCCGAACGGAAUGUUCAGCAACUUUCGCUCCUCCGCGAAAACCUCCGCCUCACCAUCUUUUGGGCACGUAACAUAGCGCAGAAGCGUGUCAGCGAGAGGCUUACCAGCGGAGAGCCUCUGGCAGGGGACGUACAUGGUAAAGAUAUCCACUUCUCCAAGGUUAUGAGCGCUGUCUUCGAGAAGCGUGCGACAUGGCUCAUUCCUUCGGUCCAAACGAACAUGUCUAAAUCAUUCAAUAUACCCAGAGAUAUCUCAGCCCCCGAGAGACUUCUCACCCACCUGGAAGUGCCCCAUACCCUUGGCCUAAGAGCUUUUGCCCAGAGUACCAUUCAGAAGAUCAGUAACUUUAGAAAUAGCAAGACGGUUUGUUAUCGGGACUCCGUCGUCUUUCUCAACUUUGAUCCGUACACGAAGAGCUUUGAGGCAAGGCUGCAGACUCUGGAAUUGUCAUUGAAAGUGACUUAUUCUGUGUAUGGGGGCAUGAUUCGGGACAUGGUUGAAUUUAUACGCAGGGCUGCCCGUCGUUGGCAUAUUCUCCUGCAGUUCGUGGACCGGAUAUUGUCCCUGAUUCUGGUAUGGGUGGAUGUAAUAUAUGUGGAGCCUGAGAUAGCGACGGUCCAGUAUGAGUUCCUGAAUGAUACAUUCAUGGAGAUGGAGGAUACAGUGAGGGAGACGGUGCAAGGGAUGGGAAUAGACCAGUCUGUGAAUGAUUGA